GCGAUAGGCGCCAUCGAAGACUAUACGCAUACGCUUACGACACUGAACAUUUCUUGGAAGAUUAUGGACCGUUUCUGGAUUUCUCUGUCGAUUGCACUAUUGCUUUCUGCCGUUGGCAAAGCAUCUCACUGCGCCUCCAACGGGGUGCCGAUUGUCAGGAAUAUCAGUGAGAUGGUUCAGGAUAGCUAUGGCAGGCCCGGUUUAUCCCACAUCAGUAUUGCCAGUUCAGUCAUGCACGGAUUUAAAGAGGUAGAGUUGUGGCUGCAAACAUUUGCCCCUGGUUCUGGUACUCCGAUCCACAGGCAUUCCUGUGAGGAAAUCUUUGUGGUUCUCAAAGGCAGCGGUACUCUUUAUCUUGCCUCAAAUUCACAUAAAAAUUAUCCCAGCAGUCCAGUGGAGUAUCCAAUUUUCACAAAUGGUACAUUCUACGUCCCUAUCAACGAUGCGCAUCAGGUUUGGAACACAAAUGAGCACGAAGAUUUGCAGCUUCUAGUUAUUAUAUCUCGACCACCAGUGAAAGUGUUCAUCUAUGAUGAUUGGACUGUGCCGCAUACUGCUGCAAAAUUGAAGUUUCCCUAUUAUUGGGAUGAAAGGUGUUACCAGACAUCAUCUUCUGACAAAGACGAGCUUUGAACUCGCACUGUAGUUAUCAAAUUUAGCCAUCACAGUCUCAACUUGAUAUUGCUCUGUCAUGAAAGGUUUGCCGCUUGACUGACUAAAAUUCUGCUAUUGUGCUUUGCCUUGCUAUUAAUUGCUGAUUCCAAUGUUCUUUGCAAGAAUAGCCAUGUUGGUGGAUUAUGUGAAAAUCAAGAAAACUCGAUGCUUUAGAUGAUGUUGAGAUUCUAAUUUGCAGAAGUCUACUAGUCAUUAGAAGCUUUAAUGGCGUGGAAAUGAAGGUAGAGUAAAAUGUAAUCUUAAUUCCAAUUUGCCAUAAUGCAACUUGAAUCUUGGUGUAUAUCUCACCAUUACAUAAAUAUAUAGGCCCUCUAUGCACGUUGGCUUAUGGUUUAUUUGGUGACUAUGUAGAUAACUAUGUACAAAUUCAAGCAAGCAAUGCAAUAUGUGUUUUAACAUUAAUGAAGCUGUAAAUUGUGUAUUUGAUGACAA